AUGUUGACAUGUGAUCACCAUGUCCUUUCGGAUCGGUACAAUGAUAGGGUAGAUGAGCAUUUACAAUCUAUUGGUUUUUAUCAUGUGUCCAAGAUUGGAGUAGUCCAAUAUCAGAAAAUACUGGUAAAUGCUCUAGUCGAAAGGUGGCACCCAGACACACAUACAUUUUACCUUCCGGUUGGUGAAUGUACUGUAAUGCUAGAAGACGUGGCUAUAAUUUUUGGUCUUCCGCCGGAUGGUCUUCCAGUUACAGGGAUGACUCUAAGUAGUUUUGAAGUUUUAGAGGCGGAGUGUUUGCACCAAUUUGGGGUUGCACUGAGAAAGUCGGACUGUAGAGGAAGCUUCAUAAAACUGACGUGGCGUCGAGAUUUAAAAGAACGUUUACAGUUGACUGAUGAAAAUAGUAUACUGAGAUACGUGAAGUGCCACAUUAUGUUAUUGAUCGGUAUGAUCUUGUUUGGAAACUCCGGAGCAUACAUGGCUUCCAAAUCCAAAACUCGCAUGAAAGAUGGCUCCUCAAACGGCAUUUCAUUUGCGAGUGCAUUUGCCACGUCUGUCAGAUUUGGAGCCAUAGUGCCGUCACCUUGA